AUGUUCACAUGCGAGGACGUGGCCGCCACGCUCACAACGGAGCCGAGACUGCCGGAAGCCCACCUCUGGGGCAUCGGUAUUCAAUUACGCCAAAUCUUUGAGCUUCCACUCGACUCAAUCACCCUUUACACUUACGACCUCAAGGAAAGCAAUAAAGUUCCACAGCUUGGAUGGCGAUCUCUUCUAGACGUUUUCAAAAUCAUCACCCAGGAGCCGCAUGGAUGUUUGAGCGCCGCUAGUCGAGUCAAGAAGCUGAUUCUAUUUGAGACAACGACUCUAUCUUACAACCCAGAGCAGUGCCAACACCUUGAACAACUGUUCUCUCAACGCACUUGGACAGGUGUGAUUCCUAAAUUUCGACAGCGACUUAGGAAUCAGUUGCAAGAGUUGAACGCGGUGUACACGGUUGAUGGCAAGACUGGAAAGUGCUGGGGUAUUGAUCUCGAGAACUCUGUGUUUUCACCGCCUCGACCUACCUAG